AUGUCUAAGCUCUUCAUUGGAGGCCUCGCAUGGCAUACCGACGACCAAGCUCUCCGUCAAAAGUUCGAGGAGUUCGGUGCAGUCGAAGAAGCCGUCGUGGUUAAGGACCGCGAUACUGGUCGUAGCCGAGGCUUUGGCUUCGUCCGCUAUGCGCAGGACACUGAGGCCGAUGCCGCUAUGCAGGCCAUGAACAACGAGGAAUUCGAUGGACGUAGGAUCCGUGUCGACAAGGCUUCUGACCGCGCUGGCGGCGGCGCUCCCCGUGGCGGCGGCUACGGCGGCGGUGGUGGUGGUGGAUACCGUGGAGGUUACGGCGGCCAACAAGGAGGCUAUGGUGGCGGUGGCCGUGAAGGUUACGGCGGCGGCGGCGGCGGCUCUUGGGGACCUUCCCAGGGCGGCGGCGGUGGCGGAUACCAGUCUCGCGGUGGCUACGGUGGCGGCCAAGGCGGUGGUCAGGGCGGCUAUGGAGGACAAGAGGGUGGUCAAGGUGGUGGCCAGCAAUGGUAA